AUGCCCGAGUUGCCUGAAGUGGAAACGUCUCGCCUCUACGUGGAGGAGUUCUGCCUCGGCAGCACUAUCACCAAUGUCCAUGCGACGGAACAGGGAGGUGGACCGCGAGACGGCCAAUUCGACGACAUCGUUAUUGGGGAGGACAUGACGGCGAAAAGCUUGAAGGACACUCUUGAGGGGCGCAAAAUUGUGGAACUCAGACGUCGCGGGAAGCAGAUGUGGUUCGUUCUGGACAAGCCGCCUCACCCCCUCUUUCAUUUCGGAAUGACGGGGGCCUUUACUGUGAAGGGAGAAAAGCGGCACAAGUUCGUCAAGUUCAAGGUUUCCGAAGAAUGGCCGCCAAGGUUCGCAAAGCUCGAAAUACAGAUGUCGAACGGCGCUUGCCUGGCCUUGACCGACCCGCGACGGUUGUCGAGAGUUAAGCUUCGCGCGGAGCCGGAGGCCUCGCCACCCAUCAGCUUGCUCGGGCCCGACCCCCUGACGCACCCUCUGUCCCUCGAGACGUUCGCCGCUGCCCUCGCGAAACCGACGGCGCCGAUCAAGGCAGUGCUUUUGGCGCAGGACCGGGUCGUGUCAGGGGUUGGAAACUGGGUGGCGGACGAGGUGUGCUUCCAGGCAUGCGUUCACCCCGGCGCCGCGUGCAACACCCUUGACCCAGAGCAGAUAGCCGCACUUCACUCGAGGCUCCUGUCCGUGUGCCGCGAGGCGUGCGAGGCUCGAGCAGACUACACGUCGUUCCCUAAGGAGUGGCUGUUCCACCACAGGUGGGGAAAGGGAAAAAAUUCGGAAGGGGCCCCUCGCGUGUCCUCCGGACACCCGAUUGUCUUCGACGUCGUCGGCGGGCGUACUACGGCCAUCGUGCCCGCUGUCCAAAAGAAGGGGCUGCUCCGCUCUCCAACUGCUGCCUCUGGCGGAGUCGACGGAAGAAGAUCCGGCAGCGCCAGUGGAAAGAAACCUAAACCUCCUGCUGCCAUGGCCAAGCCCAAGACCAAGGCCCGUGGGGACGGGGUUGGCGAGGGCAAUGCCAAAGCAGUGCGCCAAACGGGGGGGAGGGACGUUACCCCAAAGAAGGAAGAUCAGGAGGGGCAGGAUAAGAGUAGCGUCGAGAACAAGAAGUCGGUCAAGGCCAGAACUGCUGCCAAGAAAACCGGCCGCGUGAGCACCAAAGCGAAGGACGUCGCACCUGUCGCCAAGAAGGGAGGCGGCCCCAAGAAGAAGUCGGCUGCUGGGCCUGCUGCUACCGCUCCCGGCAGUAGUGCCAGGGGAGGCGGGCGGAAGAAGGCUACGCCGACGAUGCGAGCAGCUGCCAGCAAGCUGAAGACCGACCCUUCCGCACAGGUACCAACCCCGGCAGCGCGAGGAAAGCAAGCCACGGCUGUGGCCUCGAAGGUGGCCGUGGCGCCGAAAAGAGGCAGAGCAGGAGGCGACGACGGCGGUGUUGGCAAGGCAGUUGGGGCAGCGUCGGCGAAACGAGCCAAGACUACGAAAGUGGCUGUGAAGCCGGAACGGAUACCUGCCACGGCGGUUGCAUCGCAGAGUUGUAGAACCACGACUGCAAAACGCGCUCCGAGCAGACGAAGCCCGAGGCUCUCCGUCUAGGCUCUCCGGCUAUAUAUUGGGU